CCUCGCUGGUGAGAAUGGACGUCCACCCUACGUGCUCUGCAUUACUCGAAAGGCUCCAGAUCGAAGGCGACACUCAUGCCUCCAAGCUCUUGGACAUCCAUCGCUGGCCUUCCAAUCGUCCGAUAUGACUUCAGCCACCUUAGCUAGCCGGGAACGGCCUCCUGACGACCUCGAACUGGCGCAAACGAUAUCAUGGAAUAGCCGACAAACGCAACAUACUUCUGCUAAACUGGCAUCUUACCUUCAGGCUGUGGAUAGGGCCGAUGCUUACGACACUUUCAUCAAGCACGGAGUGACCGACUUGUGGUUUCCAUUUCCCAAGCAGACGCUUCGGCAGCUUUUGAAGGACCCCCACGCUGAGAAGAAAUUUGCGGAUAUGCAAGAAGGAAACUAUGAUUCCCUGGAUGCCAGAGAGAUGAAUCCGCUGGUAGAGCCCUACCAUCUGGUGUUCGAGGAUGGCGAAGAGGUUGUGAGAAGUGACAGGAUCCUUGGCGAGGGAGGACAUGGGAUCGUUGAGCAGGUGACUCUACCAACGCGACCACAGCCGCUGGUGUGCGUGCGCAAGAGGAUAGGAAGACCGAAGCAGAUGAACGCCCAGAGGAAGCUUUUCGAGGCAUUCUCUCGAGAGAUCAAUGUAAUGCGCCAGGUGCAUCAUCGGCAUUGCGUGCAAUUCACGGGAAGCUACUCCGAUUACGACUCAGUGGCCAUUCUCUCGUCGCCUGUUGCUGAUAUGGAUCUUGCUACUUUCUUAGACUUGCCUGAUUUGUCGCCGGCACAGUCCGAUACUCUACAUCGCGGCCUCGGAUGUCUAUGCAGUGCCCUGAACUACCUUCACGAGAAGAAAAUUCGACACGAAGACCUGAAGCCUCAGAACAUCCUCAUACACGGAGAUAACAUUCUGCUCACGGACUUUGGUUUCAGUCUAGACUUUUCGGAUGAAUGUAUUUCAACUACAACGGGUCGCCCUUCUGCGUGGACGGCCCGUUACGCAGCCCCAGAGAUCCUGAAUUUUGAACCACGCAAUAGAGCAACCGAUAUCUACGCGCUUGGUUGCAUAAUUGUCGAAAUACUCUCGGCUCUUCACGAGGUUCGCCUGUCCGAUCUGAAGACAUAUUGGGCGACCACUGGGAACGGCCAUCGUAGCUUUACCCGGAAUGUAGAAGCAACAUCUGCAUGGCAUUUCCAUUUGUCUUCGCAGUGCGAUUGGAAACACAAGACCCUUCUUGCCUUUACUAGGAUCAUGCUCGAUCCAAACCGAGCCAUUCGGCCCUCAGCCCAGCAAAUCGUGGACAAACUCACGGACUUGGACCUCCUCCUCCCCAGUUUCCCCAAGAUUGGGCGUUGCUGUCGCUCGGAGAUGCCUAGUGGGGGCGCAAUGAGAUACGGCCAAUACAGCAUUCCCUGGAAGAGACUCACCGGGUUCUUCCUCCCCGCCUUCUCCGACAAGCAUACAUUUAUUCUAGUAGACCUCGAUUUGAAGGUCAUUGCCUCCAAGAGCAAUGGUGCAAUAUAUGAUGGACCGGCCAGCGAACUCGGGUACUACUUUGUAUCCCUUGACAAAGUCGAAGACGCGUGUCGCCGCCUUCGCACCACGGCCCCUAGCGUGGAAGCCACCCAGGAAUUUUGGCACGCUCACAGAGGCCACAACAUCAGAGCAUACACUUGCGGAGUCCUGCAUGCCAUGGCUAGUGCCCAAGUGACACCUUUGAAAUACACCUUGUUGCGGCAAUUCUUUGACCAUGUCACGCUACACCAUAUGCCGCCAGAAAAUACCACGAUUUCGGCAUGGAGGGUAGUACAAAUCUCCUUGGUACCAAUCUGUUUUCCGAAGUUGGAAAGCUACGGGUCGUUCUUUUUCAUUAUCUCCUGUAGACUUGACGAAGACGAUCCGUACAUGCUACGGAGCGCGCAGUACAACGAACAACAAUCGGAGGUGUUACCCUCGGCCAACUAGAAUGAAGCGGUGCGAGCGCUAAAUCUCUAGGUAAUAUUCACUCGAUAAUAUAGUAGCCUCGUUGGUAGGACUUGCAUUCAUGCGAAACGCGCCUGACUAUGACAUGGAAUGGGAUUGGCGACUCGCUUUACGGACCGGUCUCCACGAGGAUACCAAUUAUCGGCCCCUGAGGUCUCCAGCCCGCGGACAAUGUACAAAUGCCGAAUCGACCAUGGAAUGGCUGACGUUGUUGCUCAACAGAGUAGACUGUCGGCUCUCCUUCGAGCUAUUGCGGGAUUGGAUCUGGUUGGUGAGGGAUGCCCAGGAUUUCCCUUCACCGCCUUGAGGCCUUAACUUACAGAACUAUGUGGAUAUAUAGCCUUCACCGCUUCCGUAUUGGACGGCUUGAUGUGUGUUUGCAAGCGAAGUGGCGGCAUCACGGAGUGAAGGCGUGUCCACACCGCCAGUUAGGAAAAGCCGCGUACUGUAGCAUAGAGUGAGGAGAUCUCAUUUAGC